AUGCUGACAGCUGCCUUUGCAGACUCCAACUCCAGCAUCAUGAACUCAUCUUUGGCUCACCUCCACUUUGCUGGAGGUUACCUGCCCUCUGACUCCAAAGACUGGAGGACCAUCAUCCCUGCUCUCUUGGUGGCUGUCUGCCUGGUGGGCUUUGUGGGGAACCUAUGUGUGAUUGGCACCCUCCUCCACAGCACUUGGAAAGGAAAGCCAUCCAUGAUCCACUCUCUGAUUCUGAAUCUCAGCCUGGCUGAUCUCUCCCUCCUUCUGUUUUCUGCACCUGUCCGCGCUACAGCAUACUCCAAAGGUAUUUGGGAUCUAGGCUGGUUUGUCUGCAAGUCUUCGGACUGGUUCAUUCACAUGUGCAUGGCAGUGAAGAGCCUGACAAUUGUUGCAGUUGCCAAAGUGUGCUUUAUGUAUGCAAGUGACCCAGCCAAGCAAGUAAAUAUCCGCAACUGCACCAUCUGGUCAGUGCUAGGGACCAUCUGGGUCGUGGCCAGCCUGUUACCCCUGCCAGAGUGGUUCUUCAGCACCACCAGGCAGCACGCAGGAGUGGAAAUGUGCCUCAUGGAUGUACCAGUGGUGGCUGAAGAGUUUAUGUCAAUGUUUGGUAAGCUCUACCCUCUCCUGGUAUUUUGCCUCCCCUUACUUCUAGCCAGCUUUUAUUUCUGGAGAGCUUAUGGCCAAUGUAAAAGAAGAGGAACUAAGACUCAAAAUCUUAGAAACCAGAUGCGUUCAAAGCAACUCACAGUAAUGCUGCUAAGCAUUGAGAUCACCUCUGCUCUUCUGUGGCUCCCAGAAUGGAUAGCCUGGCUGUGGGUGUGGCAUCAGAAGGUUAAAGGCCCACCACCACCACAAGGGUUCAUAGCCCUGGCUCAAGUACUGAUGUUUUCCAUCUCUUCAGCAAAUCCUCUCAUUUUCCUACUGAUGUCUGAAGAAUUCAAGGAAGGCUUGAAAAGCUUGUGGAAAUGGAUGGUGACCAAAAAGCCCCCAGCUGCCUCACAGUCUCAGGUAACACCAGCUGGUAACUUGGAAGUUGUUCCUGACAAGGUUCCAUCUCCCGAGUCUACAAUAUCCAUUCCAGAGAAGAAAACCAACUCACCCAACUCUGGCAAAGAGAAACCUGAGAAGGCAGAGAUUCCCAUCCUUCCUGAUGUAGAGCAGUUUUGGCAUGAGAGGGACGCCACCCCUUCCAUACAAGACAAUGACCCUAUCCCCUGGGAACACGAAAAGUGA